GCGCGCGCGCGUCCCCCCCCCCCUUUCCGCUCCAGCCGCUGGCGGGAAAGCGCGCGCGAUCCAAGCGAACGGCGGCGAUGGGCGCAGGUCGAAGAGGAGCCUGAAGCGCCGGCCCAGGGGACCCCCGGCGCCGUCCCACGGGAAGGCAGGCGGGCGGGCGGGCGGGUGGGGGGGUGGGCUGCCAUGGCCCGUCCGCCGCCGAAGAGGAGCUGCGCCCUGGCGCCCUGCAUGGCGCUGCUGGAGCUUGUGAUCCUGGCCGGCACCGUGCUGCUAGCCUACCACUUCGAAUACACGGACACUUUCCCCGUGCACCUGCAGGGUUUCUUUUGCUACGACAGUGCCUACGCCAAGCCCUACCCUGGCCCAGAAGAUGCCAGCAGGGCACCGCCAGUCUUGGUCUAUUCUCUGGUCACUGCCGUGCCCACUGUCAUGAUUCUCGUGGGUGAGCUGGCCGCCUUCUUCCUCCAGCCAGAAGCUCGCCAGGAGAAGACAAUCAUCUCGGGCCGGUGCUGCUACUUCAACUCCCUUCUCCGCCACAUUAUCCGCUUCUUAGGCACCUAUUCCUUUGGCCUCUUCACCACCACCAUCUUUGCCAGCGCUGGCCAGGUGGUGACCGGCAGUCAGACGCCCCACUUCCUCUCCAUCUGCCGACCCAACUACACUGCCCUGGGCUGCCAACUGUCCUCAGGGACCCUCUACAUCACAGACAAGGUGGCCUGCACGGGGAACCCUGCCCUGGUCGCCGCUGCCCGUAAGGCCUUUCCGUCCAAGGAUGCUGCUCUCAGCGCCUAUGCUGCGGCCUACACUGUGAUGUAUGUGACGCUGGUGCUCCGGCUGAAGGGCUCCCGCUUGGCCAAACCCUUCCUGUGCCUGGCCCUCCUGUGCCCCGCCUUCCUUGUGGGGGUGGUGCGUGUGGCUGAGUACCGGAACCACUGGUCUGACGUGUUGGCGGGCUUCCUGACAGGUGGGGCCAUUGCCGUCUUCCUGGUGACGUGUGUGGUCAACUCUUUCCAGAGGGUUCCACGUCCAGCCCAGCCGCCUCUCCCUGUGGAGAAUGUGGCCAGCGUCCCUGUGGUAGACCUGCCCUGCGUUGAGAGUUCCCUGGAUAAACUGAGCAUGGCCCAGGAGGUG